ACAUAUACACUAUAUUGUCAAAAGUAUUGGGCCAGCCCUCCAAAUCAUUGGAUUCAGGUGUUCCAAUCACCUCCAUGGCUACAGGUGUAUAAAAUCAAGCACCUAGGCAUGCAGACUGCUUCUACAAACAUUUGUGAAAGAAUGAGUCUCUCUCAGGAGCUCGGUGAAUUCAAGCGUGGUACCGUGAUAGGUUGCCACCUGUGCAAUAAGUCCAUCUGUGACAUUUACUUGCUACAAAAUUUUCCACAGUCAACUGUUAGUGGGUUUAUAACAAAGUGGAAGCAACUGGGAACAUUAGCCAUCAAGUGGUAGGCCACGUAAAAUGACAGAGCGGGUCAGCACAUGCUGAAGCACACAGUGUGCAGAAGUCACCAACUGUCUGCAGAGUCAAUAG